GGCGGUGGCGCUCGCGGAAGAGGUUCGCUGGCUGAUGGUGGCUGAGGACUGGCUAGCUGUGUAGUGUGGCCCGGGCCGGGAGGCCCUGAGCGGAUUCACAAUGACAUCCUUUCAAGAAGUCCCAUUGCAGACUUCCAACUUUGCCCAUGUCAUCUUUCAAAAUGUGGCUAAAAGUUAUCUUCCUAAUGCACACCUGGAGUGUCAUUACACCUUAACUCCAUAUAUCCAUCCACAUCCUAAAGACUGGGUCGGGAUAUUCAAGGUUGGAUGGAGUACUGCUCGUGAUUAUUACACAUUUUUAUGGUCUCCUAUGCCUGAACAUUAUGUAGAAGGAUCAACAGUCAAUUGUGUACUAGCAUUUCAAGGAUAUUACCUUCCAAAUGAUGAUGGGGAAUUUUAUCAGUUCUGCUAUGUCACCCAUAAGGGUGAAAUUCGUGGAGCAAGUACCCCUUUCCAGCUCCGAGCUGCGUCUCCUGUUGAAGAGUUGCUUACUAUGGAAGAUGAAGGAAAUUCUGAUAUGUUGGUGGUGACCACAAAAGCUGGUCUUCUUGAACUGAAAAUUGAGAAAACCCUGAAAGAAAAAGAAGAAUUGUUAAAGUUAAUUGCUGUUCUCGAGAAAGAAACGGCACAACUUCGAGAACAAGUUGGAAGAAUGGAAGGAGAACUUAACCAUGAGAAAGAAAGAUGUGAGCAACUGCAAGCUGAGCAAAAGGGCCUUCUUGAAGUAUCACAGAAUUUGAAAAUGGAAAAUGAAGAGUUCAGGAAGAGAUACAGUGAUGCUACAUCUAAAGCUCUACAGCUUGAAGAAGAUAUUGUGUCAGUGACACAUAAAGCAAUUGAAAAAGAAACUGAAUUAGACAGUUUAAAGGAUAAGCUCAGGAAGGCACAACAUGAAAGAGAACAACUUGAAUGUCAGUUGAAGACCGAAAAGGAUGAGAAGGAACUUUAUAAGGUGCAUUUGAAGAAUACAGAAAUAGAAAAUACCAAGCUUAUGUCAGAGGUCCAGACUUUAAAGAAUUUAGAUGGAAACAAAGAAAGCAUGAUUACUCAUUUGAAAGAUGAGAUUGGCAGACUGCAAUUGUGCUUAACUGAAAAAGAAAAUCUACAAAGGGCUUUCUUGCUUACAAACUCAAAAGAAGAUCCAUCAUUUUUAAAGGAGCAACUUCGUAAAGCAGAGGAACAGGUUCAGGCAACUCAGCAAGAAGUUAUCUUUCUGGCUAAAGAACUCAGUGAUGCUGUAAAUGUUCGAGAUAAAACAAUGACAGAUUUAUAUACUGCACGCUUGGAAAAUGAGAAAGUGAAAAAGCAGUUAGCUGAUGCACUGGCAGAGCUUAAAUUAAAUGCUGUGAAAAAAGAUCAGACAAACUUUCAGACCAGUCAGCAAAUACUCACAGUGUCUUCACCAAAAGAAUUGGGAAUCAGCAGAAAGUGAAUGAUGCUUCAAUAACCACAGACCCAGCUGCUUGUGCUUCUACCAUGGAUACAAAGCCACCAGUGUCUUCUGCAGAAACAGAUUUUGACAUGUUCUCAAAGGAUCAAUUCUGUGAAAUGACCAAAGAAAUUGCUGACAAAACAGAAAAGUAUAAUAAAUGUAAACAACUCUUGCAGGAUGAGAAAACCAAAUGUAAUAAAUAUGCUGAUGAACUUGCAAAAAUGGAGCUGAAAUGGAAAGAACAAGUGAAAAUUGCUGAAAAUAUAAAACUUGAACUAGCUGAAGUAGAGGACAAUUACAAACUACAAUUGGCAGAGAAAGACAAAGAAAUAAAUGGUCUAGCUUCACAUUUGGAAAACAUCUCCAGAGAGAAGGAACUUAAAAGUUUAGAAAAUCCAAAAGGAAGGAAGAUGGAUGGUCAGACCCCCCAGCAGGUCUCACGAUGUCUCAACACAUGCUCAGAGCCAAAUGGACUUGUCCCAACACUGCCAAAUGCACAGCCAGUUCUGCAGUAUGGCAACCCUUAUGCAGCACAGGAAACAAGAGAUGGAGCAGAUGGUGCUUUUUAUCCAGAUGAAAUCCAAAGGCCACCUGUGCGAGUCCCCUCUUGGGAAGACAAUGUUGUCUGCAGCCAGCCUGCUCGAAACCUUAGUCGGCCUGAUGGUUUAGAAGACCCUGAGGACAGCAAAGAAGAUGAGAAUGUGCCCAUUGCCUCUGAUCCAGCAAAUCAGCAUUUACGUGGUCAUGGAGCAGGCUUUUGCUUUGAUUCCAGCUUUGAUGUUCACAAGAAGUGUCCCCUGUGUGAAUUAAUGUUCCCUCCCAACUAUGAUCAGAGCAAAUUUGAGGAACAUGUUGAAAGCCACUGGAAGGUGUGCCCAAUGUGCAGUGAGCAGUUUCCUCCUGACUACAAUCAGCAGGGGUUUGAAAGGCAUGUUCAGACCCAUUUUGAUCAGAAUGUUCUAAACUUUGACUAGCUUUUAUUAUGAGUUAGUACAAUUUAGAAGUUUAAAGAAAUCACCUCAAAUAGACCACUAAGGAUAAGGAAGACUACAAAGUAUCACUUUCAUGCACCCUUUUCUGCACUUUUCUGAUCAAGAGCUUCUUUGAGUUUGGUAUUAUUAGGGCCAGGGUCCAUCUUUGACUUAUCAAUAAAUACAGUUUUAAUUUUGUUAAUCUUACUUGAUUUAAGAAAAGCUCUUAUAUGUUUAUAUCUUUAUUUAUUCCCCAGUUAGAAAAAUGAAAAAAGACACAGAAUUAUUUUAAUGUUACUAAACUGAAAAAAAAUCUAUCUGUAAUAGUGUUCUAGAUUACCUAGUAGAAUGUUUACAAGUUUCUGUUGACUUUGUUGAUUGAGCAUGAUUACUAAAUAUUAUGUAAUAAAACGCAUUGAUCAUAACA